AUGGUCAGAUGGUAUUCUCGGACUACCAGGCUUACUUCUCAACUGAGAAUGAAGAAGAAUUUCAGAAAGAGAGCUCACGAAGAAGACGAAGAAGAGAAGAACAACCAUUCCGAAGACGAAGAAGAUAGAAGAUUGGCAUUAGAGGAAGUGAAGUUUCUUCAGAAACAAAGGGAGAGAAAAGCUGGGAUUCCUGCGGUCUUGAAAUUGCAGACGGCUGGUGUCGUUCCGAAACUAAGCGAGAAGAAUGAAGGAGACGGGGAGAAGGAGGAGUUAGUGUUGCAAGACACCUUUGCUCAAGAAACUGCCGUUAUGGUUGAAGACCCAAACAUGUUGAAGUAUGUUGAACAAGAACUGGCAAAGAAAAGAGGGAAGAACAUUGAUUCUGCCAAUCAAGUGGAGAAUGACUUAAAACGUGCUGAGGCUGAGUUAUAUGCCAUUCCAGAGCAUCUUAAAGUUAAAAAGAGGAACUCAGAAGAAAGCUCUACUCAAUGGACUACUGGAAUUGCCGAAGUUCAGCUCCCCAUUGAAUACAAGUUGAGAAAUAUUGAGGAAACAGAGGCUGCAAAAAAGCUUCUGCAAGAAAAGAGACUCGUAGGGCGGGCUAAAUCAGAGUUGAGCAUCCCCUCAAGUUACAGUGCAGAUUAUUUCCAACGUGGGAGGGAUUAUGCAGAAAAACUUCGGAGAGAUCAUCCUGAGCUAUACAAGGACAAAGGUGUGCAGGAUAAUGGCAUGGGAACCAGACCAGUGGAUGGUACUAACAGUGAAGCAGCUGGUCGGAGGCAAGCCGCUACAGAUGAGUUCAUGCUUGAGCGUUUCCGUAAACGAGAACGCAACCGUGGCAUGCGGAGAUAACACGAUCCGAGUCUGUGGCUUGAUCUCACUCUAUGAAAUGUCUUUUGAUGGCUUGGUUGCUCUCUCUUGCUUUUCUCAUGCUGUCCAUGCUAUUUGAGAUGUGCAUAAGCUGCUAAUUUAUCAACCAUUGUGAGGU